AUGGAUGAAGUCGGCGGUCUACAGCUCCUGGGUGUCGUCCUAUCGGAGCUGUUCCGAUACAGUGUCAUAUACCUCAAUGGUGGUGUAUAUUUUGAUAUCGAUACACGAUGUAAGGAGAGCAUAGAGGACCUCCUCCGCCCUAGUGAUGACCUGGUCUUUAGUUUUGGUAAUAUGCCUACACAACAGGUCUCCCAAUGGGGGUUUGCCGCAUCCCCACGGAACCCUAUACUUAGGGAGCUCUUCGAGACAGCAAUUGAAAAGAUACUUUCCCAUGAUGAGGGUCGGGGCAUUCCUAAGAGAAUUGACGAGUUUGUGUCGAUGGAGUUGAUGGAUAGAACCGUGAAGAAAGCGGUGGGAGUAGCUAGUUUGCAUGCUGGUAUGGAAUAUAAGACGAAUGAUGGAAUAUCAGUACGAGUAUUGCCACAAGACGGGGGUGAGCAUUGGAAUGGUAGAGUUGACUUCAAGUAUGGUGGUUAUGAGAAGGACUUGAAGAACUCGACAGAGAGUCCUGUUGAAAAACAGAGAGUAUGUGGGAUGUUUAACGUCUUACCGGCAGCCCAACAGGAACAGGUCCGACAACAUGUUCAGGAGUAUGCUAAAACGUUGAAUAAACAACAGCCUAACUCGACUAAGAAGGGCAUUGCUUUGUAUCAGUUCUGGAAGACUAUGGUAUAUCACCUAUAUGAGCAUGCAGUGGAACAGAAACAAGUUCGACCGCCCCGGGCCUCGCCCCCUCCAGCAGCCCCACAACAACAAGCGGCGGUGGUGGCCUCAACGAGUAGUAGCCCUCAACAGUCAACACCACAGUCUGUCUACCAGCCUCAACAGCAACAACAACAAGCAGCUAUGUAUAUGAUGUAUCAACAGCAACAGCAGCAGCAAGCAGCUAUGGCUUAUCAACAGGCGUGGUAUAAUCAACAGAGGAGUGCUGUGGGGGGUCCUGCGGGGCAUUAUAAUCAACCUGGUGCGGCCGCGGUGAUUCAAAAUGCUAUGAAGAAUAAAGCGGCAGCCAGUCAACAUCCCCCUGGUAUGCUGCAGUGGGUGCAGCGAUUGUAUGCUUCCCUCGGAGGCAGACCCAGCAUGAGUCAGGAGCUCAGAACUGCUCGAUUAUCGGCAGCAGAUACUGUCGUGAAGGAGAUCACCAACAAGUUAAAAGCCGAAGGCACAUACUGGACGACUGACUGGAACCAUUAUCCGGUACCACCAGAAAGGGAUAUAGAUGCUAGAGUCGAUCCGAAGUUGUGGGAACAGGAAGCAACAUCCCUAAUGGUCCCCUCACCUAAGAGAUCUCGUCGAGGAGGUAGCCCAAAGAAGAAGUCCCCUUCUAGACGCUUGUCUGGGGUCAAUAAGAAAGGACAGGCGAACAAGCGGAAAGGGAAGCUACAAGCUAAGGCGAAGAAGGGUGCCAUAUCAAUGAUGCAAGGGGCGACUACACAGGAGGAGCUAAGGCGACGACAACAGAGGAUGGAACGAUUUAAGGCAGAUGAAGCUGCAUCGAGUUCCUCAGUUGUUGGAGGGCUUUGGACUGAUGAUGCCAACGGAUCGGCAGCACCCCGCAUCGCUCCGCUGGACGUCAACUUCUCCUUCGGAGUUGAUGAGUCGGAAGUGUUUGACCAGACCGUCGACUUUGUGGUUGUGGGCACUUGCCAGAAAAUGGAGAAAAGCUACCUCCGUUUGACGAGCCAACCCGAUCCAAGUCUGGUGCGGCCCCCAGCGGUCCUAAAGAAGUGGAUGGAGCAUCUAAGGGAGUUCCAUCGAAGCAAAUCUCGUGACUGGGAGUACAUUGGAGAACAGCUUAAGGAUUUAACAGUGCAGAAUAUGAAGGACGAGUUUACUCGAUCGGUUUAUGAGGCAAACGCUAGAUGGGCCUUGGAGGCAGAGGACUUGGGACAGUUCAAUCAAUGUCAAACUCAGCUGAAAUAUCUUUAUGCUGCGGAAGGAGCGAAUGAUGACAACGUCACUUGUGAAUUCCUCUGUUAUCGACUUCUAUACUAUUCCUUGCAGUCUCUGCGAGCGGAUGAAAUGAAGUUCCUUAGGAUGCUAACUUCGGAGCAGCGUCAUCAUCCCUACGUUGUGUUCGCGAAGAGGAUUCGACAAGCUAUGGCAACCAAUGAUUAUAAAGCAUGUUUUCGGCUAGUGAGGAUAGCUCGUCGUGAAUCAUCUGAGGUUGAUCAUGAUGAUGAGGAAGAUGGGGAAGAUUCCACACCACGUUCAAUACCAACAAGGGCGGCCCCGACUCAUGCCUACCACCUAUUGAGGCUCUUCCUACAACGUUUGCGUCUGAAGGCAUUACGUACAAUCACCAAAGCAUACCAAACAUAUCCUGUCGGCCAUCUUGUUGAAGUACUUGACUUCACAGAUGUGAAAGAUGCUUCUACUUGGCUGAUUGAACAUGGACUGACACUUAAAACCUGGUCUGAUGGUGAAGCGCACAUUCAGUGCAAGCCUAGUCAUGCAGCUAUUUGCAAUCAUCCUGGAAGUCGUCCACCUUAUCACCUGAAGCAUCCCAAGCAGUACUUUGAUUUCAAAACAUUCCGAAAUAUGUUAAAGCAUAAGAAACAAACCAUGGGUCGAGCCGAGAAAAGAAUAAUCAAACGAGUUUAUGCGAAGCCACCACCCAGCGAUGACUGGGACGUUCUAAGAUUCCUACAAGAGAUGGAAUUUGGUGAGAAUGCCGAGGAGGUUGCCUCAUGUUUCGAAGAUUGGUCGGACUUCAUAUCUUCCGAUUAUGAGGAUGUCCAACGUGUGGAGAUGGCCCCGGAGCAGCGCAGGAAACUACUCGUGUAUUUACGCAAAUUCAACCAUGGUGUUUGGCCAAUUGAAGAAUAUCAGGAGCGGUUCAAGGGAACUCCGUUGGAAAAUGAAGGGAAGCCCUGGACGGAAGAAGACGAUAAGAAGCUCGUCGAGUUGGCGGAGGUUUAUGAUAUCAAUUUCGGUGACCCCUGGAUAUAUCUCAGUUACUGGCACCGACAUGUUACGUUAUUCCAACGGAAAAGAAUUUCCGACUUGUUGACUCGUCAAGUGGAUAUCAACUGCCUGCCAACUUUAGACGUUUUAGACGCUCUGAGUGCUUCUGAGAUAUCAUGUUGA